AUGCUCAGCCGCCAAGCCGUCUCAGACACUAUCCGCUACCGUUCCUUGACUGUAAACCAAGUCCUGGUCUCCGAAAGCCUGGUCCACCAAGAGCAGUGGCACUUGGCUAUGACAAUUGACAGAGAGAAUUACUGUCCAGUAGUUAUCAUUUCCAAACACGACGACAACUCUGGCCAAGAUGCAACGGUACUUCGAAGUCUCCGCAAGAGGGGGUCUUCAUUCACCUUUGGCUUCUCCGAAGGCAUCACUGAGGAUCUGAUAUCGCGAAUUUCCCGAUUUCUCGGAGCUGGAAGCGCGGAAGAGACAAACAUCGGCCAUAUUCUGACCAAUUUGUACAAAAUAUUCCGAGAAAAGGACGUCACAUUGCUGGAAAUAAGCUCCCUCGCAAGACUAAACACGGGACUCUUCACCUGCCUCGAUGCCACGCUUGUGGUGGACGAUGAUGCUGCAAAGCGGCAGCCAGACAUGUUUGGCCUGCGCGAUACGACUCAAGAGGUGCACGAUGAGAUCAGGGCAGAACAACACGGCCUGGUGUAUAUUAAAAUGGAAGGCAACAUUGGAAACAUUGUCAACGGAGCAGGUCUCGCGAUGGCAACAAACGAUGCAAUUGGGCUUCACGGCGGGGCAAGUGCUAAUUUCUUAGAUGCCGGGGGUCAGGCGACCAAGGAGACGAUGAUACAAGCUCUCGGAAUCGUCAUGGGAGACGAGCGGGUAAAAGCGAUAUUGAUCAAUAUCUACGGAGGAAUCACUAGGUGCGACAUGAUUGCCGAAUCCAUCAUUGGAGCCGCGCAGGAGAUGACCCUGGCCGUCCCACUUGUCGUGCGGCUUCAGGGAACCAACUCGACGGAAGGAUUGAAGCUGCUCGCGGAUGCCAGGCUUGGGCUCCAUGUCGAAUCGGACUUUGGGCGCGCGGCACAGCGAGCUGUUGAGCUGGCUCAGCCCAUCCUAGAGAUUAACGGUUACAACUCUCAAGCUCCAGAGCUCAUCGAGGGAAGAUUUCGGGCUCGGAGGCUCAUGCACAAGUACAACACCUAUUUCCCCGACGACGCCACGAAUGACACCCUAGUGGCCGAGAGGGAGAGGCUCCUGAACGAGAUGCUGGGCAAGAUCGGCACGAACCCCUUCGUCGAGACGCCCUUCAACAUCGACUAUGGCUGUAACACAUCGAUUGGAGACAACUUUUAUGCCAAUUUCAACCUGUGUUUGUGUGGCUUCAGUCUGGUGAUUCUUGACUGCGGAAUGGUCACAAUCGGCAACCGCGUUCUAUUCGGCCCCAAUGUGUCAAUAUUUGGUGCAACACACGAGACCGGAGUCCAAUCGCGCCGCAGCGGAAUCGAGUACGGCGGCAGCGUCACCAUUGGGGAUGAUUGUUGGAUCGGAGGCAACACCACCAUCAUGCCGGGCUUGACGAUUGGAAAGGGAUGCACAAUAGGGGCAGGCAGUGUCGUCACCAGAUCGAUCCCCGACUUUUCCGUUGCGAUUGGUUCGCCAGCCAGGGUUGUCAAGAAAGUUGAUCCAGUCCCAGAUUUAUGA